CUCGACCUUGGACUUAACACAACCUCACAAGACAUCAUCUGUCUCUAAUGUUUGCGCGAGUCUCCCAACUGACGAGACAUCUCUCCCGUCCACUGCCCAACUAUCUACAUAACUCUGCAGCAGCAGCAACAUCAGCAACAUCGCCCACCUCACCGCUAGCACCACCAAACACCAUCACCACCAUGUCCUCCACCACCACCACCUCCCGCAGCCCGCGCCAAAUCCACACAGCCGCCUGCCUCAUCAUCGGCGACGAAGUCCUCGGCGGCAAAACCGUCGACACCAACUCAGCCUGGUUCGCCAAAUACUGCUUCUCGCUCGGCAUCAACCUCAAACGCAUCGAAGUCAUUUCCGACGAAGAAUCCGAAAUCAUCGAAGCCACGCGCCGCAUGUCCUCUUCGUACGACUUCGUCGUCACCUCGGGCGGAAUCGGUCCCACACACGACGACAUCACCUACCAAUCCAUUUCGCGCGCCUUCAAUCUCCCUCUAGUGCUACACGAAGAAGCCUACAAGAAAAUGAAAGCCUUCUCCAAACCCGACAAACACACAGGGAAAGUCUUUGAUUGGACGCAAGAUUCUCCUCAAAAGCGAGCGAAGCUUCGCAUGGUGGAAUUACCCUACGAUAAGAAUCUUCCUGAUGAGGAGCAGGUGAUUUUUUCGGCUGAGGAUUUGUGGGUGCCGAUUGCGGUCGUGAAUGGGAAUAUUCAUAUUUUGCCGGGGAUUCCACGCUUGUUUGAGAAGAUGCUGAUGGGGUUGAAACCGAAGCUGUUGCCGCGGUUGACGGAUCCCGAGGGGAAAGGCGUGCAUAGGAUUUUGAUCUCGACGCCGUUGCCGGAGAGUGAGAUUGCAGAGUUCUUGACCCAGAUGGCGGAGAAGGUGGCUGCAAAGGGAGUGAAGGUGGGAAGUUAUCCGAGAUGGGGGAAGAGUAGGAAUACUGUGACAUUAGUGGGAAAGGAUAAGGACUUUAUGGAGGGGUUAGUAGAGGAAGUGGAAAAAGGUGUUCAGGGGAAUCGAAUAGAGGUGGAGGGUGAGGAUGACGAUGGCGGUAGUGACAAGGACGCAUGAUGGGAUGUGGAAUAGUGGUUGAAAGCUGGUUGUCAGAGAGGAUGAGAAUCACGAAGCAUGCAGAUGAUGGCAUCAGGUCUCAAGACUGCCGACGUGCAUAUGCAGAAGAUGAACAGUACAGUAGAUCACCAUUCUGUCCAAGAGUGGCGCUUCUGCAAUCGAUUGCCACGCGCCGCUCUAUCCUCGUAGCUGACAAUGAUUUCCUUGCUCUGCUUGAUUCCACCCGGAGAGUGCUCAGAAGGAGCAUCAUCAUGGCUGUUCCUCGAUUCCUCUCGGACCGCAUUAGGCCUCGUCAACGCUUCCGGGUCAUGCGAUAUGACUGUGACCGUCUCUCCCUCAUCAGGACGCAACCUAUGGCCCCAGAAUGCAGAGCUUGAACGUCGACUCUCUCGCGAAUUUUGACUGGAGUUGUGGCUCACGCGUCGAUCCCAAUAGGGCAUCUUCAUUCGAGAUUGGAACGAUAAUGGCGUCCUUGGACUUCCAAUACUCGAAAGUGAAGACGGUUUCUGAAAGUACGCUGAAUAUGCGCGUGGUGGCGGCGGUGGUGUAACCCUGUUCCGUCUGGGUGCAAGCAUUAUCUUCCCUUUCCAAGAUGGUGGAUUCAGUAGCUUGAGUGAAGGUCUCUUGACGGGUCCUCGGCGCUCUGGACUUGAGCUCAGCCUCGGCAUGCUUGGUCUCGCAAACGAAGCCCUCCGAUCCCAUGUUGGCACAUCAGCAAUGCUAGCGGCUUGUUGUAUACUCUUAGGCGCAUCUGGAGACCCCGAGUGGAUGUCAUCGCGUGGCUGCGUGCUGCCCACCUCCGUAUCCUCGCCGGCUACUGGGGGGUUUGUUGUUAUCAACCUCAAACGUACGCCUCUUCCACGUUGGUGUCGCAGGUUGUGCUGGUCCUGAGGAGACCGGAACACACCGCCCUCGAAUAUGACAAAGAACGGUUUCGCGCACGGAAGCGUAGUCAGGAUGAUGCUUCCAUGCAUGGCGACCUGUGUCAUGAGUGCAAAUCUCGCCAAGCCGUAAGUCCUGUCUUCACGUUGUAGGGUGUCGUUGUAAAAGAUAAGGCGCAUAUACAAUGCAGGUAGGACGAGAAGUCGCAGCGCGAAAGCGAUGAUCACGCAAGUCUUGGGCCCCCGCGGCAUCAACACAUUCUACACGACGCAUACCGCUGUCACGACAUUUGCGAGUUCCAGAAAGGAGCCGACGAUCGUGACAGCAAGACGAAUUGCUGUUCUGUUCAGGCAAAUAUUGUUACUGGGGUCCCAAGGCUGAGGGAGAUGGCCUACGUGCAUUGCUUUAGCUUCAGUGCUGGCUUUGCCUACGCUUCGGUUGGCUUGGAGGUUAUACGAACAUAUGAAGAUUCGAAGAAACCAGAAGACUAUGGCCCAAAUGAUAGUCAUGAUGCCGAUGGUCCACCCGAUGAGAUGAUGCCUUCUCACCGGUGUGAUUCUGCAGAUCAAGCAAGAGAUGGAGAUCAUCGUCGCCGCUGUCGUGAGUAUGUAGAAUUGCUCGGCCACCCAAAGUACGAUGGUGUUCUUCUUCAGGUUCAAGCGAGAAAGGUGAUCCUGGUGGUUUCCCACGCCGAAAUGGACGGCGACAAGCGUUAGAGUGGACUGAGAGAUGCCCAGGAACUGCGAGUUGUUGCCAGUCAGCGGAUGUAGACAAUGACCGACCGACUGACUGAGCGGAGUGCAAGGCACGUCGAAGCGCUAGCGCACUCACAGUAGCCACGAGGCAUGCGACGUCGUCCGGCCCAAUGGGUCCAUUGACUUUGGUUCGGAGGAAGAUGCGACACAGGCAGGUGAAGAGUGUCCAGAUGCAGGCAACAAUGGCGACAAUGAUGACAUGAGCGGAUGCACUAGGAAUAUUGAACACGGCCAUGAAAGCCGUAUCGCCACCUAGCCUAAGGAACCAUGUCCGGUGGUGGGC